AUGGAAGCAGCAAAGGCAGCCGUCCAAAAGAUCACUGGUCACCGGGGACAUCAUACCACGGUAGAAGAAACGGUCAACCCAGCAGUUACCCAUGAGACCGUCAAACCUCACCGCCACGAAGAGACUACCCAGGCGGUUGACCGCGAGGUGCAUCAACAUCACUUCCACACAACAGUGCAGCCUCUCACCCAUACCGAAAAGCUCCCAGAGAAGCAGACUCACAACAUCUUGCCUGUAGAGCAUCGGGAAUUCCACCACGACAAUGAAGCGCACACCAAGGAGAAGCUCGCCACCGAAAUGGCUCAUUUCAAGGACCAUUCCACAACGGAACAGACUGUCCACACUCAGGCGGCUGCUCCGACGGUGACUGGGGAGCAUGUCCACCACCAUGUCCACGAAACUGUGGUGCCAGUCGUUCACAAAGAGACAAUCCAGCCUGAAGUCGUGCACACUACCGUGCCUAUUCACGAAACACACCAUGCCGCAGUUCAACACCAUGGACUUUCGGCUUUGCCCAUGAAGACCCUUGAUGAAUUCAAGAAGGCCGGUGGUGUCCUCGCCGGUGGAAGCCAUUCUGCGCAUGAAGAAUAUGAGGGUGCACCUCGACCAUAUAAUGACAAACUUGCCACGACCUUUGAAAAGCUGGAGGAGAAGUUCCACGGCGCUUCUUCGGGUCUCACUGGCACAAAGACCCAUCGGCCCACCGACUCUGGUGUCGGGGGCAUGGGAAAUGGAGUUAGGACUGAUGCGCCAGGAAGAGAGAAUCUCUAUUCCCCUGGAAAUGGGAUUGAUGUUUCCCACCGACACACCGACGGCACCAAACCCAGCAUGAGCGAUCGCUUGAAUCCUCGCACAGAUGCUGAUCGAGAUGGAAAAGUGGGUGUCAUGGACUAG